AUGGAAGAGCCUCGCCAUGGCGCGAGAGGAGACUGGGAGGAGCCUGAGAACGGCCAGUAUAACAACAACAACCCAAGCCCAACAGCGAUCAGCCCCGCGACGGUCUACACAGUUUCCUCCCUGACCUCAGGAAGCUACACCGGCAGCCACAGCCAGCCCGCGGCCAACGAGAGGGCGAGGGUGGUAGCAGAGAACCAGCCCAGACCCUCAUUCGAUUCCCUUCUCCAGCGGCCGGACCCCCCAGACUCCAAGGCGUGGGCGGGUCCAACCACCACCUCCACCACCACCACUUUCCAAUCAGGCGAGAGCAAACAACAACAUCAACCACCAAGGGCGUGGCGAUAUGCGCAGGAGAAAUAUAAUUACGGAUGGGUGGCGGAGGCGCUGGGCAUGCUGCUUUCGAUCCUGUCGCUCGUGGCGAUCCUCGUAGUCCUGCUGGUCUACCAGGACAGGCUCGUCGACGACUGGCCGUUCCCCAUCACCAUCAACGCUUUCAUAGCCGUUUUUAUCGUCUUGCUGAAGGCUGGGCUGACUAUUUCGUUGUCGAAUGGGAUCAGCCAGCUGAAAUGGAUAUGGUUCGAGCAGGGCCCACGGAGGCUCAUCGACAUCCACGAGUUCGACGAGGCGAGCCGGGACUCGUGGGCCGCGGUCCAGUUUAUUUUCAAGGCCGAGAUGGAAGGGUUCAGUCGCCCUAAGCACUUCUGGCUAUACCCGACGGCUUUCUUCACGUGGCUGGUUAAGCAGGGAGGAUUCAGCUCCACGCGAACCCUAGCCCGCUGCGCCGCGAUCCUCAUAAUCGUCACCUUCGCCGUCGACCCCUUCUCGCAGCAAAUGGUGCAGUACGUCGACUGCGCGCGCCCCAGCUCCAGCUCCGCAACCCAACAGCCAGCCACCAUCGCGCGCACCAACAGCUACGUGGCGCAGGGCGGGCACACAGGGGCCGGCGAAUCCGACAUCGACACGCCGACCGCCGUCGCCAUCUUCACCGGCCUGCUCAACCCGCCUUCUGACGUCUCCUCGCUCGUGAACCUCGCCUGCGUGACCGGCAACUGCACUUUCCCCCGGUUCCAGACGGUGGGCAUGUGCCACGCGUGCCAGGACAUCACGGGCAGCGUCCAGAACCGCACGGGGCUGAACGGGUCGGACCCCGCGCCGAUAAAGAACUACACGCUCCAGAAUGACGACGAUGGCGAGGUGACGGCGUGGGUGGGGCGAGAAGUCAUCUUCGCGGCCGCGGCGCCGGCGCGGGUGUCCACCUUGUCCAACGUCAUGGAGCUGCAGGUGCUUUCGCUGGGGGGGCCGUACACGCCGUCUGCGUCGCCGGUGGCCUACGGGUGCCAGAUGUACCCGUGCGUGCGGACGUACGAGUCCAGCGUGGCGUCGGGCCGGCGCAGCGAGCGUGUGGUGGACACCGCGCGCAUCGGGCAGAACCAGCUCUACUUCGCGGACCAGGAGCGGGAGCUGUUCAAGCUGGGGACGGCGUCGGUGCUUCCCUUUCGCACUUAUAAUAACAAUACCGGAAACGGCAACAACGGCGAUAAUGAUGGUACCAGUACACCCGCGCGCAUACCCUGCACCCCGCAGCCCUCCCAGAACGCCGCCAACACCCUCGUCAAGAUCGCGCUCUCCAACAUCGACGCCGCACCGGACUCCAUCCCCACCACCACCACCACCUCCUCCACCUCCAUCCCCGCAUCCUGGUACCCGGCCCCCUGCGCGUGGAGCAUGGGCUUCUCGUCCGCGUCCGUCCUGCGCGCCCAGCUCUCCAGCGAGCUCUCCUCCGCGACCAUGAGCCUGACCGGCGGCGUCGCCACGGGCCCCCUGGUGGCCAAAAACCUCUGGCUGAACGGGACCACCACGCUCGACACCGUCGACAAGUUCGUCGGCGACCUCGCGGACGUGCUGACGGCGAACAUGCGGAACCGGGGGUCCCUGGCGCCGGACGAGUACGCGCUCGGCACGGUGGAGGAGGAGCGGACGUGCGUGGCGGUGACGUGGGGGUGGUUCGCGUACCCGGCCGCGCUGGUCUUCUUCGGCGUUGUGUUUCUGGUGGUGCUGGUGUGCCAUACGCCGAGGGGCACGGCGGGGCGGCUGUGGAAGUCGAGUAGCCUGGCGUUGCUAUUCGCGAGAGUGGACGAGAGGGUUGUGGAAAGGGAAAGGGAAGGGGGAGGAGGGGUGGGCUUUGAUUCGGGGGCGCAGGAGAUGAAGGAUGUGGCGAAGGGGGCGAGGAUGCAGCUUUUGAGGGAUGGGGAUGGGAGGCCGACGUUUGCGCUGGCGAGGUAUGAUGAUGCGAAAGAUUGA